AUGAGUGAUGUUGCUCUUAUCGUCUUCUCAAACCGUGGAAGACUGUAUGAAUAUGCAAAUAACAGUGUUAAGGCAACUAUUGAUAGAUACAAGAAAGAUUGUGUCGAUUCCUUGAAUCCAGGAUCUGUUUCUGUGGCUAACACACAGUUCUAUGAGCAAGAAUCCACCAAGCUGCGAAGACAAAUACGAGAUAUUCUGAAUACAAACAGACAAAUUCUUGGCGAGGACCUUGGCACUUUGAAGUUCAAGGAACUCAAGAACUUAGAGACUAAAGUGGAGAAGGCCAUUGGAAGAAUUCAUUCGAAAAAGAAUGAAUUACUGUUUGCUGAAAUUGAGUUCAUGCAGAAGAGGAUAGCUGAGACAGAGAGAGCACAACAGCAAUUGAACAUGAUGCCAGCGUCCGAAUACCGGCCUAUGACUUCACAAACUUAUGAUGUUCAGAAUUUCCUCCCCGUAAACAUCAUGGAACCUUAUCCGCAACAGCUCUCCUAA